AUGAGUAUUAUUGCUGAAGUUGGUGUUCGCUUCAGUACUUGGCGCACGGCACUAGAACUCGCAGAAGUGUGGAGCUGCACAUGUAGAGAACUGUGUUCGAUGUUUAGCUGGACGUGUGUGAGCUGCAGUGCGGACGGAGAAGACCAGGAGACGAGACCUCGCAGUUGGCGCCAUUACCGGAGGACCAGGAGACGGGGCCACUCUGCAGUCGCCAUCUUGGAGCACGACAUGGCCUUCCUUUCCAGGCAAACGGAGUAG